CCGUGAUUGUGGUGUUAGCCAACUUCCAUUAUCAACACUACGAUUGACUACGAUUGUACUUGAUUCUAUAAUCAUUAUCAUGGAAAACCAUAUAUUUUCGUAAACCCGUCAGUCGUUCGUAAACUUCCGAUUUGAAAUUUCGGAUUCGUUUUGAUAUAAUUUGUUUAACUGAUUUAUUGAAUCACAAUAUUGUUAAUAAAACAAUUUAACUUUGUUUUAAUACUCUCAAAUUUUUUUAACUCACCUAUUUCAUGUUUACUUCGCUGUUUAUAUUUAUUAUAUAUUGAAUUUGUUUCAAAAAAUUGAUAAUAAUUUAAAUAUGUAACUAUACAUAUCUAUGCACGGCUAUGUUAGUACCGCGGUUAAUUAUAUGGACAGUCAAAAGCAACGGAUUGUACUUCCAAAUUGUUUGUUAUAAUUGACAGCCUGGUUAAAAUAUUUUAUUUUUAUUAUUCAAAAAGAAUUUGUCAAAUAAUAUGGAUGUUAACAUUACAUUAAGAGAUUUCAAUGAAAAACAUCUACCACAUACUUGGUCUGAUUUUAUAUAUGAUGGACCUUCUCAUAUGCCUACUUUCAGAGUGUAUUUAUUCUUAAAUGAUACUAAAUUUGAGGGCUGUGGGUCCUCAAAAAAAAGAGCUAAAAUUAAUGCGAUACAGAAGUUUAAAUCCAAUUUUACUGGUGAUGUUAGGCCUGUCGUAGCAAGUGCAAAUGGCCAUGUCAAACCUUUCACAGCAAAUAUAAAUAGUAAUAUCAAACAUUCAACAGUGGGUGAUACUAAUAGAGGUAUAAAAAGGAGUGUUGAAAAUGAUUGUAUGGAAUCCGCCUUAUGUUCGCCACCAUUAAAAAAACUAACAAUAGAUGCAGUGCAUCAAACAUCUGCUAUAUCUAUCUUGCAUGAAAUAUUUCCUGGACAAAACUUUGUAUAUGAACAUGAACCAUCUCAUGGUUUAUUGGAAUGUAUGAGUGUUAUGGUUUUUGGUAAUAAAUAUUUAGGUUAUGGCAGAAAUAAAAGAGAAGCAAAAGAAAUUGCCUGUCGUAAUGCAUUAAAAACCAUUUACGAAGUGCAGCCUAUAGAUAAUAAAUUCAAAGAUCAAAUAGAAAUACUACGUACAGAUUAUAGAGAUGCUAAAAUUAUUGAUCAUUUUGCUUAUUUAACAGAUGUUGUAUACCAACAGUUAGAUUUUGAUAACAUAAAAAAUAAAGAAUAUUCUGUCAUUGCAAGUAUUAUAAAAGUAACCAAAAAUGAUAUGAAUACUGCAGAACUUAUUUGUCUUGCAACUGGUACUAAAUGUUUAUCAGGUAACUAUUUAAGCCUUUGUGGGGAAUCAUUACAUGACUGCCAUGCUGAAAUAUUAACCCGAAGAUGUUUGGUAAAAUAUUUUUACCAAGAACUUUUAAAGUCUGUAAAAAAUAAUCCAUCGAUAUUUAUUUAUGAUGAUAAAAGUCAUAGGUUUAGAAUAUCAAACAAUGUUUCAUUUCAUUUAUAUAUAAACACCGCUCCAUGUGGUGAAGCAAGAAUCUUUAGUUUUUCUGACUCUGAACAUCAUUCUAAUCGUUUAAAUCGUGGUUUACUCCGAUCAAAAAUUGAAAAUGGUGCAGGCACUGUUUCAGUUUUUGGUCGAGAAGUACAAACAUAUGAUGGUGUUGCUCAAGGUGAACGCCUAGUUACUAUGUCAUGCUCAGACAAACUUACUCGUUGGAAUGUACUCGGACUUCAAGGCAAUUUGUUAUCCAAUUUUAUUGAACCUAUUUAUUUGAAUUCAAUAUCAAUUGGUAGUGUAUUUAAUAUGAAACAUAUGAAGAGAACUAUGUAUGAACGUAUAGAAAAUAUGAUUCAAAAUUUACCUGGAGAAUAUAAAGUUCAUAAGCCUGUACUUCGUGGCUACAGUAUACUUCCUCGUAGACUUGGUGCGCAAUCACCAUAUUGCAUAAAUUGGAUUAUAAAUGAAGGAAUGGAAAUUGUGAUUGGAAGCACCGGUAGGACAGUUGAUAAUAAAUUGUCCAGGCUAUGUAAAAGCCAAUUGGCUAAGGAAUAUAUACAUUUGUGUCAUGCAACAAAUAAUUUAUCAACUCUUACCAAAGACCAUGAAAAGAUUUAUUAUGAUUCAUUGAAAAAUAAAAGUACAGAUUAUUUAGCUGUCAAGCAGUCAUUAAUAUUAGCAUUUAAAUUUUCUAAAUUUGGUACAUGGAUUCAAAAGCCUGAAGAAAUCACAACAUUUGAGUUAAAUGUUAGUGUUUAAAUUAAUUAAUAACUCAUUAACAUUUAUAUCAUUUUUAUAUUUUUAAAAAAUUCCUAAAAUUUUGUUGACUUGUAAAUCUUGUUUUGUUGUUUCAAAACAACCAUUUAUCAUCUACAAUUAAAUUAAAUUACAUUAAUACAUUAGUAUGUGAACAGAGU